GCGCUGUUCCCAGCGUGCAGCGCGGGCGCGCGGAGCAUGACGGGAUUUGUAGUGCCGAGUUUCCGUCAGGGCAUCGUCUCUGGGGAGGUGGUGUCGUGAGGGGAGGCUGUUUCUCGUCUCUUAAUGCCACGGCCGCGUCCACCCUGACCUUGGAGUGCGUCUCACUGGAAUGAGUGGGGCUUACUCGCGAGUAGGCAUGCAUAGAGGACACAAGUAUUCAUCAAGCUGUGACCUGUAAGAGUGAAGAUCCUAUAUUAUAUGGAUUCUAUAACAGAUCAUAAUUUUUAUUUAGAUAAAGUAUGGGUGCAGUGUGAGAACAGCAGCUGUUUAAAAUGGAGACUCUUACCACAUGAUGAUGCAACGCAUAUUGCUCCUAAUGAACCAUGGUAUUGUUAUAAGAAUCCUGAUCCUUGGUUUAACAACUGUUCUGUUUCUGAAGAACAUUUUCCAGGGGAGUCUCAAUUUCAAAAACAUGGAUUACAAUAUGUGUAUUCAAAGCUUCCUCUGGGAAGCUUAGUUUUGGUGAAAAUGUACCGGUGGCCAAGAUGGCCUGCCAUUAUUUGUCAUGAUCCUACUAAUGGACAGUAUGUAACAUACGACUCGGAUGGAGAUGCUGAAAGUCAUCAUGUAGAAUUCCUGGGAAAACCCCAUUCUAGGAUCUGGGCUGCUAUAAAAGACAUUAGCAUUUAUCCUAGCUCAUUUAAGGCAAAUGGAUACAAGAGGGGGAAAGUCUGGUAUGAGAGUGCAUUAGAAGAAGCAAACAAAUUGCUGCCCUGUUCUGUUCAGCAAAGGCUUGAAAUGUGCUACCUCUCAAAAAAGGACGCAGUAAAGAAUAAAGAGGCCAAAACCAAAUCUAACGUGAUUACUGGCAGAAAAAAUACAAGAAACUGGACAAAAACUUGUGGAGGGGAAAGUAGUUGCAGAAUUGGAAGAAAGAAAAGGAAAAUAACAUUAAGAAGCUCAUUUGAAAUAGCAGGCUCAGAAGAUGUAUUGUCAGAUGAAAAUCUAGUUGUUUCUGAGACAGAAAUGAUACUAAAAGAAUUGGACCACAUUCUCAAGCAUGUUGCAGCCCCCUCCUACCCACCUUUGGCAUCAUUUGUGGAUGGAGAGAACAAUAAUGGGAGAGAAGAGGUAGCUAACUUCUGCCUGGAGUAUACUGAAAAAAGGCCAAUGGAAAUCAACGCCCAAGAGGACUGUAUUAUAAUUGAUGGAAAAGCUUUCAAGGCUGGAGAGUGCAUUGAGAGUAUAACAGACAGGUUUAAGGAAAUAGAGUCUUUAAUGGCUGAAUUCCAAGACAGCUUGUAGCGCUGAUAAGAGAGAACCUAUUAUACUA